CAGGAGCAGUACGUGGUUUCCUUCCUGAUUGUCUGGCAGAUAUGCAGUCUGUGACAUGCCACGAUAAGCCUUUCCUGGCUGCGGGUGCUCGGGCUAAAGGUGUGAAUUAGAAGAACAUCAUAUCAACGCAGGAGGAAGACAAGCGGCAGGAAGUUUGGAGAGCGCCACUCGCAGGCGCCUCGAGUUCCGCGCGGGCCCCGACGCUUCUCUCUCCGACAAGUUCUGUUGGAGACGACACAUUUGACGGGGCUUGCCGAGAACGAAUGGAGAAGUAUAAGGAGGGCAGUGAAGAGUCUGAGUUAGUCACUACAGCUGAUGGCAGUGAAGAGUCUGAGUUAGUCAUUACAGUUGAUGGCAGUGAAGAGUCUAAGUUAGUCACUACAGUUGAUGGCAGUGAAGAGUCUAAGUUAGUCACUACAGCUGAUGGCAGUAACGAGUCUAAGUUAGCUAAGACAGGUGAUGGCAGUGAAGAGUCUAAGUUAGUCACUACAGCUGAUGGCAGUAACGAGUCUAAGUUAGCUAAGACAGGUGAUGGCAGUAUCGAGUCUAAGUUAGCUAAGACAGGUGAUGGCAGUAAUGAGUCUAAGUUAGUCACUACAGCUGAUGGCAGUAAUGGAUGUGAGUUAGUCACUACAGCUGAUGGCAGUAAUGGGUCUAAGUUAGUCACUACAGCAGAUGGCAGUAACGAGUCUAAGCUAGUCACAACAGGAUAUAGCAGUAACGAGCUUAAGGUAGCCAAGGCAGGUGAGCGGAGCAAGGUGUCUGUGUUCAGUGAGGAACCUCGUCAAGACAGCAACAGGCAGGAAAUUAUUUCCAAGAUCAAGAGGGGCCAAACAGCUGUGGCAUCGAAUGUAGGAGGGACGGACGAUAGCACGAGUUCACAUGUGCAGCUGAUGGAGGAGGAGACUGCUGUACUCGUGGAGAACCUGCCUCGUGACCUGGACAAGGUACUCAAGGGGAAACUACAGAAAUAUUUCCAGAGCAAGCGGUCCGGUGGUGGGGAGUGCCAGCUGAUCUCUCACCGGGACUCAAAGCGCAAAGCCAUCGUGAAAUUCACCUCUAAACAAGUGCGGAACAGUGUCUUAGCUAAAGGUGAGCACGUGAUUGAGGUGUCCAGUGAUGAGAAGGCGGAGGUGCACGUCACUGCCUUCACGGCCUCACCAGCAACUCCUGCGGAGCCUGGAGCAUCCAUCGAUUUACAAACCUCAGCCAAUGACAAAAGUGAAGAGAGUGAAAAGGCAAAGGAAACCCCAUUGGAUAAAUCAACAGAUACGCCAGAGAAACUCAAGCCUUUGAAAGAGACACUGAAUUCAUAUUUGCUGAAGUUUAUCACAUCGAAUGAAGAGCACAGGUCAGAGCUGGAAAGAGCCCUGGAAAAAUCCAGAUGCAAAUUCAAGGCGUUGGACGUUAAUACCAUCUCACUCUUACCAUUAAAUGAGUCAAUCACAGACCACAAUGAAUGGCAAGGUUCGGUUACAAAGAUGUUUACACAAUUUAUUGAGGGUUAUGCUCAUGAAACAAUAACAUGCACAGAAAAAGAAUGGCAGGAGGUAGAAAGAAAUAAUGAACAAAAAAAGGAUGUAGAAGUUUUGUAUAAGAAUGGCAUACAACUGACUGGGAAAUCUGAUGAAGUAAAAAAAAUAAAACAAAAAAUAGAAGACAUCAUGAGCGAGUUUAAUAAAGGUAGUUUAUUUACGAAUAUUGAACCUCAUUAUUUUGAAUUGCUACAGGAUAAGCUCUGCAUGAGCUUUCCAGGUGUACAAUUUGACAUGGAUAGCAAAGCAUCAACAUUGUACCUCAAGGGAAAUGCCAGAAAAGUUGAGGAUGCCAAAAAAUAUAUAGACUCCAGCAUAGAAAACUCAGACAAAAAGAAAUGUAGCUUUGGAAGUUAUCUGAACGACUUUAUAAGGAAAACUGACCUCAAUGCCUUGGUGCAAAUGCACUUUAGUGAUAAUAACAUCAAAGCCCUUUGUGGAUUUGAUGAAAAUGGAAUCUACAUUUAUUCACUAGAGGGUUAUUCUGAACAGGCCCAUGACAUUUUAAAUCGCAUCUUAAAGGAUCUGCUUUUUCUGGUUACUAAAAAGUACGUAGCUGUCAUGAAAAGUGAACAGUGGAAUGUGUUUUUUAAAAAACUAGAGCACACAUUUUCUUCUGGAAAUAUUAACUGCAUAUUCACUCCUUCAAAGCACAAUGAUGGCACCUGCCGUGCAAUUUACAUCGCAGGGAUAGCAGAGGCAGUAGAAAAGGCAGAUAAGGACUUGACAAGCUAUUUCAAAGACAACACUGCUGAAGAAAUAAUUCCUUUGCAGAAUGAAGCAUUGUGCAGUUGCAUCAUUGAAUACAUGAAGAUCAUCAAACAUCCUGCAUUCAAAAGUGUUUCUGUCGAAAGGCACGAUUCACUGAUGGAUAUCAUUAUUAUGGGCCACAGUGAAGAGGUAGAGAAACACAAGCAGUCUAUAAAUAAUGUGGUUUCAAAAGUCAACAAAGAACUUCGGAAAAAUGAGAGAGGCGUACCAGAUGCAAAGAGCAUCUCUAUGUUCCUAGAGAAAUACAGAGGGCGCAACUCUCGAUGUUCUAGUCAGAAUCAAGAACAAUUUGCUUCAGUGGCAGGUGCUUCAGAAAGACCAGUUGCAACUCAACAAAGGCCUCCUGUAAGAUUGCCUGGCAAUCGAUUUUUGUUUGUGCAUGAAGACGACAUUUUAAAUUUGAAUGUAGAUGUGAUCGUAAAUGCAGCAAAUGCAAAUUUAAAUCAUUUAGGGGGGCUCGCUAAAGUACUGUCUGAUGCAGGAGGUACAGUCAUUCAGCAGGAGAGUGAUUCUUACGUCAGAAAGCAUGGAAAAGUGCCUACAGGAGAGUUGGCCAUAACGGGGCCAGGCCACCUGCCAUGUAAGAAGGUUUUUCAUGCUGUUGGCCCUGCGUGGGGAGAUUACCGGCAUAAUACAUCUGUAGGAAUCUUUCUUCUUCGAAAGGUUAUCACGAAUGCGUUAAAGAAGGCUGAUGAAGAAGGUUUCAAAUCCAUUGCAAUUCCUGCCAUUAGUGCUGGAAUAUUUUCCUUUCCACUGGAUAUCUGCUCUAAAGAAAUUUGGCAUGCUAUUUUUGAGUACUGUAAAAUGACUCAUGAUUGCCCGAAAACCCUGACUGAUAUUCACAUCGUGGAUAUUAAUGACGAAUUCAUUUAUAAAUUGAGAAAAACCAUAGAGCUUACAAUGAACCGUAAGGACCGAUCAGAAGAGCAAUCGAGUAAAACCCAUAAGAUGCAGGAUGAAGAAGAGGAUGAGGGCCCUAACAAAAAAAUUAAAUUCGCUUGUUAUGAAACUGAAGAUAGAGUCACUGCUUGGGAAAAUCGUAAAACAAAGGAGACAUUUUCUGCAGAAAUGAACGACAUUCAAAGAAAUUCUAUUACCACGAAGGAAGGAAGAACGAUACAAGUUGUAUUUGGAAAUAUUGAAGAUCAAACGACUGAAGUUAUCGUGAACUCCACGUUUAUUGAAAUGAAGCUCGACAUUGGAGGUGCAACAUCUGCUGCUCUUCUUCGUAAAGCUGGGCCUGCACUCCAGGAUGAACUUAACAGAAAAAAUACCUAUCGCAUUGGUCAUGGAGACAUCAUAAGCACAGACACCUCAAAAUUUCGUCUCUCUUGCAAGAAAGUGUACCAUAUUGCUGUGCAACCUGUUAAAAUCAAAGGGUCUGUGGACAAAAUGACAUUGGACUGCCUGAAGAAAGCUCACAAAGAAAAAGUGACAUCCAUCUCCUUCCCAGCCCUGGGCACUGGGAAUUUAAACUGCCCACCACAACAGGUUGCUCGUGCCAUGCUGUCAGCUGCCAUCCAGUUCAACAAGGAGCAUAAAGACGAAAUCCUUCAGCUCAUUCAGUUUGUGAUCUUAAGGUCUAAACCAGACAUAUUUAAGGCUUUUGAAAACGAAAUAUCGAGUUCCAUAUCGGACUCCGAAGCCAGAGCGCCCAACCUUAAGCAGGAGGAAAGGUUUCAAACUGGCGCAGAGCAUAAUAAGAAACUAUUUAAAAUACAGGGAAUUACUGUCGAGCUGUGCAGUGGGGAUAUCACUCAAGAGAAGACGGACGCCAUUGUCAACUCCACAGACACUAGUAUGAGUGUGACCUCAGGAAUUAGCAGUGCUAUCCUUAAGGCUGCUGGACAUACGAUUCGAGAUGAAUUCUCAAAAGAACAUCCCAAGUUGGGAGACAUUGUUGUGACCACAGCAGGCCAAUUGGAGUGCAAAUAUAUUUUGCACAUUGCAGGGCUUCAGGGUAAUAUUGAACAAACCUGUUCAAGAAUACUACAUGAAUGUCAAAAGAAAAAUAUAAAAUCGGUGUCUUUUCCAGCAUUUGGUACAGGUAAUGCGAAUCUAUCACCUCGGAACGUUGCUUCUGGUAUGCUAAACGCAAUCCAUGCGUUUGCAAAAGAAAACAAACCUACAAUUGUGACCAACAUACGUAUUGUGUUUGUUGAAAAUUCGCUUUUGAACGUCUUCCAAGACGUCUUUCAUGGACGCAUCCACUAACAUCACUUUGCUGCACCUAACAAUUACGUAAUUGUCUUGUUUGCUUCCAGAUUACACUUAUGUUUUCAUCACUAAUCUAAAUUGAUAUCCGAUGGGUUUUUAUCCACAUCUAAAUGUAUGUCUAUCAUGCAAUAUUAAAAUACAGUAAGUUAUCUACUACGUUGGGGAUGCAUCCUUGGAAAACGCGACAUGAGGCAAAACAUAAAUCUAAACACCUAUUUUACCAUUGACUUAAUUAUGUUUCUGGGGUACAUUUUUCGUCAAAAUUUGAGAAAAAAUAUUGUCUUAAAAAAGAUUCCUAACACGUUUAAAUAAAAAAGUUAAAUCACAGUGCUCACCAGAGAUGGCGGCGGAGAUUGCACAAACAGGGACUCCUCUACUUACGAACGAGUUAGGUUCCAGGUCUGUUCAUAAGUCGAAUUGUUCGUAAGUACAACUUUACUUUCGUCGAUUUAAAACAAACACGGGGAAUGGCUUUAAAAGUUAUAUAAUAUCCUGUAGAUGCCACUGGUUCUUCAUGUUCUGCAGAUGUAGAUGCCACCACCGCCAUCUAUUGCUUGGGGGUUGAACUUACGACUCUUGGCCCAAACAGGAUACUGGACAUGUGGACAGGUUUGUUCGUAUCUCUAAAAGUUCGUAAGUAGAGUUCGUAGGUAGAGGAAUCCUUUGUAGGGAGUAGUACAAUAUGUACUCCUAUAUUGAAUACAUGCAUUUUAUUAUUAGUUCCCUAAUUCGUAGGCAAUGUUAGGGAAAGAGUGAAUAUUAGCAACAUAAAAAUAAGACUUGCUGCACUAUUAUUUUAUUUGGUUUAAUUUAUUCAGCAAUGCUUUAUCAUGCAGAAUUUCGAUUUAAAGCUUUCGUGACUGCAAGGAUUCAUCUUCUUUGGUUCUUCCGGUAAAGUCACGUAGAAUGAGAAUACAAUAAUAUAAUAAAAUAACACAAUAAAAUUCUUACGACGUUUCG